UUGGCUGGCUAAGCAAAAUGGGGCUGGUGCUGGUGGAAACAAAAGCCGAAAGCUGAGGCAAAAGUCAGUUGACACGGAGCGGCAACAAGCGAACAACCAACAAGCAACUACCAACUGGCAACAACCAACUGGCAACUGGCAACAACGCAGGGCAACAAAAGCGGCAGAAGCGACAACACUGCGUAGACAUUUGCCAGCUAAACUGGGAGUCGGAUUUGGCCAUUUGGUCGGUCGUCUUCACAAUUGUCGUCGCAUCCGGGCCAGGCCACAAUAUGGAGUUUUAAAGCGUUUAUAUCCGCAAAGCGAGGCUUUCUGGCCGGCUUUCUGUUUUUGGGCAAAUCACAGUUUUGUGCCUUUUCUCUGGUGCGGAUGGCGGAUUGCGGGUUGCUGGUUGCGGUUACACGGAUUCACGCGCAAAGAAAGCGGCCAGCAGGAAGUUGCAAGUCGCCUCCAAUCGCCGCGUCGUGAGUCUGCCACAAUCGAGUGGCGGGUUCAAAUUCAUUAGUUCAUCGAGAGCCGAGAACGGGGAAGGGGGAACGGGAGACGGGAGACGGGGUCUCCAGUCAGUUAUGAUGGGAAUUAGCAUCUAUUUAAAUGUCUGGGCCGCAUUAGGAUGCCACGAUUGGUUGGGAGUACGAGAAACGAGCUUAUUGUUUUCGGUUACCAAUUAUUUGGCCAAAUUGCGCGGGGUAACCUGCCACUAGUGCACUGAGCUAAAUGAUAUGUUGUACUACAUUGAAAAGGAAAUAUGACUUUAGAAUACAACAUGCUUCUACACUCAAUCUAGUAAAUCUAGAGCUAUACGAAUGAAUCAUUCAGCUCGUCUAGUAUCUGUGUGACAUAUGCAAAUCAGCUCGCACUAGUUUCUCGCAGUGCAGCGAGCAAAACGAUUGUCCUCAGGCCUAAUUAUGCGUGCGCCGACAGGCGAACAAGAGGCAACAGGACAACAGGACAGCAGGCCGCAGAUGAAACGCCACCGAUUAGCCUGUGCCGCUCCCUCUACUCCCUCUACUCCCCCUGCUUCCAUGGCUUCCCCUGCUCCACUUGGCCACUCCUCCUGGUCCGCAUGCCCAGUGGCUGGAGGGGAUCCCCUCACGGCUUCUGCAAUUUAUGAUGGGCACUAACAACCGCAAAACUAGCCAAACAAAUGAAACGGACUCGGACACAGAGCGGCGGCGAACAAACAGUUGAAUGGAAAUUGCAAUUAUACGAAUACAAGAUCUCAACUCGGCGUAUGUUAAGUGCCUCCGAUUGGAAGGCUGCAAGGGAAGGAUGCUGAUGUGGGUGCCCAGCCAACUGGCAACUGGGUUCGAUGUUUGGCUAGAUUUAGCCAGGCCAAGCCAAGCCGCAGAAGGUCCCUAACUGAGCAAACAAUCUGGAGCCCCUGACAGCGAUUAAAUGCUGGGCAACCCAUUGAAUGCGUGCCUCGGUGGCUCUGAUAAAGUUCCAUGGAGGGAGGGAUCUUAUAAAUCAAUUCUAAAGCGUUUGUUUUGUCAUUUGAGAAACUCAUUUUAAUUGGGUAGAUGGUCAAGCGUUGCCAAACACCAAAAUGACAUUGGUCAUGUUAAAUUUUGAAGUCCAAGAAACAGUCGCAAAUAGCUCUUGUCUCGGUGUCCGAAUCGAAAACUAAAUGAAAAGUUAUUGCCAACUCUAAGAUUCUAUUUAGAAAGAUAACAGCUUAAACUGAUAUAUGUAAUUGUAUAUAAACCCAACCUGAAAUCGCUAAUUGAAACCCCCUGUACAUUUUACAAAAAUCGAGCACAGUCGACUCCAAAACUAAUUGACAAAUCAGUUCCAGCGCCUUCAUCAUUAGUCAAAGACCAAGCCGAGAACUGUUUGGAUCGCUAAAUUGUGUCAUUUUACAAAAAUGACAAAAAAUCAGCACCAAAUGAGCAAAAACAAAGCCAAGACCAUCUAUAGGACCGGAGCGUGCCCACGCCCACCAGCGGAAUACAAAAUAUUCAAUCGCUGAUUUCAUAUUUGUUGCUCGAGAACUGGUUACACCCAACAGCGAAGUACCCGCUGCAUAUAUCUAUAUAUAUAUAGAUAUGUAUAGUAGUGAAUAAAUCGCAGUAAAUACAUGCAGAGAUACGUCAUUUUGUAGCAGGUUGGUGUAAAUUGAAUUUUCAUGCCCGCUGCGACCGGGGACCACUCAUUUGUGUGCCCAUCUACCCAUCUGUCCAUCUGUCCAUGUGUCCAUGUGUCCCCACGCAGCCAAUGUACAUAGACCAGGCCCAAGAUGGAAUUGGUGAGCGAGUCACAAGCGGGUCUAUAAAAUCUAAUACGCACACGAGCGGCCACAAGUCCCGCCCACAUCUCGGGGCUACAUGGAGUACUGUAUAUAAGGUAUAGGUGCCUAAUAGGCGGCUUAAGAGAGACCGAAAGAGAGCGGCUGAAAGGUGGCCUCCCUGUCGCACCCGUUCCUCCAGUGCGGAUCGCAGUGCUGCUCUUAAGCCCCUCCAAACGGGUUUCUCCUCGGGUUUCUCCGGCUCGGGACUCAAGAGCUCCGAUCGCCGGGGUUCCGUUUUCAGUCUGUGAGCAACUGCGUGACCUGCACGACGAUCGAGGAGCGAUCCUCGGCUUCUGGCUUCUGGCUACUGGCAUUCUGGACUUCAGUGAUUGAAAGACGUGAACAGUGUGAUCAAUCAGUGAGAACUGAAACUGGAAAGUGUGUGAAGAAAAUCGUACGGACACAUCGGAAGAUGGUGACUUGAAUACCUGACCUGAGACCUGAUCGGGGUGAUCGCGGAUGCUGGGAAGGAGAUAGCUGGAAGAUCUGGACAAGACCAGCUGGCACCUACUUAUGGAUUGCGAAGGCGGCGGCGCAGGAGCAGAGGCAUCGGGAGUUGGAGGUUGUCGAUGGCCAAGUGGCCAAGUACCAAGUACCAAGUACCCAGCAUCCAAGUCGCCAGAAGUUGCCGACUCACAAUGUGUGUGCGCAAAGCAAAGGCUUUAAGAAAUGCCGAAUUCCAGAAGCCGCAGUACAAUCAGUUGAAUUAAAAAACGAGCGCACAGACAGAGGACGACGUCUGGAUGGGAUUCGGAUGCGGAUUGGGGAUGUGCAUGUGGAUGGAGAUGAGUAGGGGGAGAUGGAGUCCCCCCUCGGCUUCCAGAGGAUCGCCGGCGAUAUCAUCGCGUGGUGAGCGCGGGCUAGGAAAUUAAGAGGACAUUGUGGCGGCAUGCGGUUAGAACUCGCAGCGGCGGCUUAAACACAAAAUCCGCGGAGGAGAUUCCUUGCGUGGCUGCGUUGUUGGUGGCUUUUGGACAGCGGACAGCUGGACGCUGCCUGUGCUGACAGAGGUCGCCCUCGUACGUAAUCGACGAGCAUUGCAAAUGCUUGUGUCCUCCGCCGCCUGCGUCUUGUGCUGCGCACGUGGCCAUGUUGCAGCCGCAGCAGUCGCAACAGCAGCCGCAACAGCAGCAACUGCAACAGCAGCCGCAACAGCAGCAACUGCAACUGCAGCCAGAGCCAAGCAGCAAAUCAUUGAAAUGUCGUUAGAGGCUCGAGCGGCACGCAGCUUCGAUAGUCAGCGAAACCGCAAAAUGCUUUUAAUUUCUCAAACUGAUAUGCACCCGUGCUCCCGCUUCCACUGCCGAGGAGCAGGAGGAGGUGGAGGAGGAGGAGGAGGGCGGGGCCAGAGGUUUGGUCUUUGUUUCCUUCCUUGGCUUUUCUAUACCUAAUGAUGAGGAAUUGGGGGCCAAGGUUCAAAGCACUAGAUUCGAGCAGAAAACAUCACAAAGAAGUAUUUAGUACAGUAGUCAGCGGCUAAUUUCAUUUGUAUAAUAAGCAUGCACACAAAUAAAGCUGAAGUAAUGUAUCUUGAAUAAAGUUUUGAAAUAAACACGAGUCGUUGAAGCCAACAAACUCGCAUUUCUUACUGCUUCGACUUCGUGGGCGGCUGGGAUGAUGAUGCGCAGGUGAGCGGCCAUAGAAGGCGAUCCGCGUAGCCAAGACACCCGCGCAGACUGAUGGAUCGCACUCUCGAUGGGAGUCAGAUACACACACACAAACACACACAGAUAUCUCACAGAUACACACAGCUACAUAGGCACGUAUCUAGCUAGUGAGCCAGCAAAUGCUGGCAAACAGCGAGCGGCCCACUGCAAGUCGGCAAUUAACCUUGGCUGGACAAAGAGUUGGCGGCGGCAGAACGACCUACAGCAGCAGCGGUACGAGUUAUGGAUUUUGUUUUAUCAGUCAGCUGGCAGGCAGCUACCAACGGCAACACUGCGAGAAUUCGGGGCCACUUGCCAGAGAUUGUAUCUUGAAUGCUGCAUGUAAGAGGGACUUCUUGGCCAAUCGUGCUGACCACGCUCCAAAGAGCCAUUAAAUGUGGAAAGGGCUUAGUUGACGAUUUCCCAUUCACUUUCGGUGGAAGAAACGCGAGACAUUUCUUUGUGUGUAGAGCAACAACUGAUGACCUGAGCCGGCGUUGGUGUCACACCCACAACAUUUGGCUUUCAUUCAUCGGCCCAUGCUGAAUGGAAAAACUGAGUCGAGCUCAGUUGAGUUGAGUUGAGCUGGGUUGGAUUGGACUGGACUGGAAGAGGGGAAAUCGAGGGGCUGGGGCUUGGAUCGUGGCACACGUCAUCGGGGCAGCCAAGAGGCCAGUGGGGCCUACGCCAAGCUUUUGGCAUUGAAAAGUACGAGCCAGAAACGCGAUUUGCAUGCCAAGCGGAGAGGAAAGCGAGGGAUCUGCGAACUGACUGACUGACUUGGCCGGUGGUGCAUGACGAGCCAGUGGUGGUGGCUCUGAUCGAUUUAUGAACUCGUCGCCAGCAUGGUUUGCUUGUCAUGACGUCACAGAGCCCCCGCAGCCGAAACUCUGUUAUUGGAAGCCACAAAGCGGAAGCUCUUUGCAACAUCGAAGGAAAAGCGAAGCGAACAGAAAUUCAGUUACGAAUUCAUUCAUGGAGAGCCGACGACCCACUCGCCAGUGGGAUUGGAUUAUUACUAGAUAGAUGCUAGAUGAGAUGUGGGCAGGUAACUGGCAACUGGCAACUGGGUAGGUUGGUGGUAGGUUCGGUCUUAUCGCGGUGCUCUUAACCUUGCUCUUGAAGCAGCUGGAAAUGUGUUGGGGAACCGCAGAGGUUUGGUGUUUUGUUCGUUUUAUGUUUAUUAUUUCGUAAUAUUGCGCUAAAUAAUAUAUAUAUUUAUGUUUCUGGUAUGUAGAUACUAUUUUGUGGUGUCUUUAAACAUAUGUUGAUGGCUUAGGCUUACUGGGUAAAUUGCUUUAGGGUUAUUCGAUUUACGUCGCUUGCUUUGCUUUGCUUCGGCGCAUUGCACGAUCAAUUAAAUAAUAAAUUUAACUAGUAUUUAAGAAAUUACUCGGCUUUCUGUUUGACAGAAACGUGUGUUUCGUUUUUUAAAUUACGUGUUGUUGAGUAUUUUCACUAACGAAGUAAACAUAAAGUUAUAAAUACAAUAAAAAGGGGAUAUGAGAGAACUUGCUUUGAGCUGCUUUAAUUUGGUAUUUAGGUUUAAGUAUAGGUACAAUAAAUAUUAGUAGAAAGGCGAAAAGCAAACAGCUCAAAUGUGAGUAGUAAGUGGCCAUGUUGCAACUUAGUUCUUUCUGAGCGAUUUAGAGCCAUUCUUCAUGCAACACUCCAGUUAGUAGGGGUCAAUAAAAGCCAAUCGGAUCGAUCGGAUAAACAUAACUAUAGCGCGGUAAUACAACUAACAUUAGGCUAACGCAUCUGGAAAGUACGCUUAACUCUACGGAGCACGCUCAUCACACACACGCACACACUUUCACUCACACUCACUCGCUUUCACUCACACUCAGGAAAUCGGCCGCCGGCGCCUUCGACAUUGCUUUAACAUAUACAUGUACUCGUAUUAUUUGCUAUCAACUUGUUUAAACUAAGUGUAAGUUUCGUAAACGCACAGUAGCUGUUUACUCUCUAGACUCUGUACAGCAAAUCCUUGCGGAAAGUAUCCUGCUCCUGCUAAGUUGUGUGUGGUAUUGCACUUAUGGCUUAACUUUAAGGACUAACUAAGCAGUCUCGGCUGUGUCUCGAUGUGUUUCUAGUGGUCUACUGGUCUAGUGGUCUAGUGGUCUAGUGGUCUAGUGGUCUCGUGGUUCGGUAGAAUGGCACUGGGUUGGAAGCUGCAGCUGGGGGGCACUGGGUCUAUUGGGUCUAUUGGGUAUAUUGGGUCUAUGGGGUGUACGAUGUACUGGGAGGGGCUGUAGCUUGCUAUGGCACAGUCGCCUUUAAGUAGAGUCUUGACUAGUAUACAAAAAAUGUAAAUGUAAAUGUAAAUACACAUUAAUAAACACAAAACACUGCUAUCUGCGGUAAACAAGAACAAAACGAGCGGCGAGAUCGUAUUGGCCAUGGAUCCGAAACACGAAAUACGAAGUACGAAGUAUCGAAGUUCGAUCAAGCCAUUUGCUGCACUUUGGAUCUGCUAAACAUAUGAACUGUCUAUGAGCUGUCUAACUAAACGGGCUUGGUUUUAGUGCGGGAAAACUGGGAAAACAAUGCUGAAUCUCAAAAGGGAGUCAUUUUGGAGGGGUUCCAUUUGAACUUUGUAAGCUAGCAGUUACUCUACAAUCAUUUAACUUUUGUAAAGUAAGCGCCAGAAUACAAAGCCCGGUGGACCAUAGCAUCCUAGAAGCCUAUCUUAGAGGAACUUAUGAAGAAAGCUGUAGCCUCCGCUCUCACCGCACAAAACCAA